UUUAAUUACAGACGCCUUCGAAAAGCAUUCUGUGGUGGCUAAAUUAGAUAUUUAUAGCCGCGGAUAAUAUCGAGGCUUAAGUUCAGUAAAGGUUUUUUCUUUCUACACACCCCACGAUGAGUCAGAGCUCCUCUGGACAAGAUGCUGUCGGUAGUGACAAAGAUGUGGAGGUUGCGCUGGCGUCAGUUCAUGCAAAGGUCACAGGGGUCAAAGAGGCACUCUCCAACUUUGUAGGCAAGAUGGAGCAUGAACUACUCACAUGGCCUAGUGUUCUGGACAGCUUUGCGUCAGUGUCAGGCCACACCAGUGUACUCAUGAAGCAGCUCUGCAGUGAAAAGAUGCCCCCUCUACACACUCGAGUGCUGCUACCCCUCGAGGUCUCUAGUGACAGGGACCCAGAACUAGAAAGGCACACUGAGGGAAGAGUGCCCACCCUACAUCAUGAAGUAGUACCUAACUACCUGCGUACCAAACUGGACCUGGACUUGGAGGCCAAACAGAACAAAUUAGCAUCGAAAGCAAAAGAGGAAGAACCUAAUGUCAGGAAUAAGAUCCAGAAUUUCAACAAACUAUUAUCAAGCUCUCUUGAGAAAAUUGUAGAGCUUAGAGAAGUUAUUGAUGAUCAGAAAUCAAAGAAAGGUACUGCUCAGACAAGUUCAGCUGAGACUAAGAAACUAGUGAGUGUGUACCUCCAUGGUACAGGACUGCCACCUCCUAUGGCGAUGAGGAGACCACUCCCUCAGCAAUCACCCGGGAAGAUGGCGACACUGGCUAGAGGAGUGGGCGGGAGAAUGCCAAGUGCUGUGAGAACUGAUUUGAAACAAGGCAUACAGACUGCAACAGCUCCUUAUGGUAGACCAAAGUAACAAUCUGUCAUUUAUAGAUUUAUCAAUUUAUUUUUGGAGUAUAAUUAUACUGUAACUUCAAUAUAAUAAUAAUCAGUAUUUAA